GUCUGUGUUAGCUGCUGAUGUUUACCUCGGUAGCUAAUGCUAGCUUGUUUUGGAUCAAACCGGUUUGACAUACGGUGAAUUUGGCAGAGAAAUCGGUCGUUAGAGCCAGUUUACCGCGUAGUGUUUACACAUCUGCAGUAUAGUUAUAAUAACAUGAGUGACAACGAAAAAGAUUUUAGGGAGCAGGUUGAGGUUGGAAGAAAGAAAAAGGCGGAAGACGUGUCAGAUGUGAAGUUGUUAUUGUUUGGCGCUGAUGGUGUUGAUGCAUGCUAAUGUAUUGGCUGCUGAAAAAGAAGCGAUCAAGAUCUGUCCCCACUACUAGUGUUGUAAUGGCAGAUGGUAAAUGGGGGAAGAGGAGGAAAAAGAAGUCAUACAGGUCAAACAGAAGAAAGAAGAAAUGAAGGGUUGUUUUGAAGUAAUGAAGUUACAGAAGUUAUGAAGUUAAGAUCAGAAGUUUUCCAGGGUAUGAGUAAUUUCCUAACAGCCUGCUAUGCUAUUCUGUUUCAUCCUGUUUCUUUCUCUUAAGCAUGCACAUUUUUUUCUCUCUAUCAGAAACAUCACUGAUCAAUCCCUCCAUAUAUUUUAGGUUGACUUUAUUUUGUAAAACCUGUCUUUUAGCUUAAGUUACUUGAUCUCUUGUUAAGAUAUGUUUUGUAAUAUAUGACCCUUAAUGUGUAGUGUCAAACUUUAUAAAUGCCAAAAUGUGUUCAACUCUUUCUGGAGGGGGCAUGUAGAAGGCAAUGCGGUCACCUCCUGGCCCUUUAUUAUUGUUGUGUGGCACACAUUUGGGUUUGAAGGGUUUUUAUCUUAGUGUCUGGUCUGUCCAGGACUCGCGGCAUGGCUCAAGGAGCGUGUCCCCUGGGGAAUCAGCAAAAUCCACCAGCCGCUCACCAGCACGUUCAAAAGAUGGCUCCCGCCGCUCCAGGUCCAGAUCCCGAUCUCGAUCCAGAUCCAAAUCCAGGUCCCGCUCCCAUCGAAGCUCACGCAGGCGCUACUCCCGCUCUCGUUCUCGCUCCCACCGACGUCGUUCAAGGAGCAGAUCUCGUAGCUGGGAGUACCGGCGGCACAGGAGCCAUAGCCGUUCCCCCAUGUCAAAUCGUCGCAGACACAUCGGCAACAGGGCCAACCCAGACCCCAACAACUGUCUGGGUGUGUUUGGGCUGAGUCUGUACACCACAGAGAGGGAUCUGAGGGAGGUGUUCUCAAAAUACGGCCCUUUGAGUGACGUCAACAUUGUGUACGACCAGCAGUCGCGUCGCUCAAGAGGCUUUGCCUUUGUCUACUUUGAAAACUGUGAGGACUCCAAAGAGGCCAAGGAGCGUGCUAAUGGGAUGGAGCUUGAUGGGCGCAGGAUCAGAGUGGAUUUUUCCAUCACUAAACGAGCCCAUACGCCCACUCCUGGAAUCUACAUGGGUCGUCCCACAUAUGGUGGUGGUGGUGGCAGUGGUGGCGGCAGUGGUGGCAGCGGCGGUGGUAGUAGCAGCAGUGGUUCAUCACGGCGUGCCUCAAGGGACUAUGACAGGGGCUAUGACAGAGGUUAUGACAGAGGUUAUGAUCGUGACUAUGAUCGCUAUGACGACAGAGAGUACAGAUCAUACAGACGCAGAUCUCCGUCUCCUUACUACAGCAGAGGGUACCGCUCACGAUCCCGAUCACGGUCCUACUCGCCACGUCACUACUGAGCAGGGAGGGGGGAGUCAUCAACAGUUUCAGUUUUAUUGUUGAGAUGCUCGUCUUUUGAUUUUUGAUUUUUUUUUUUUUUUUGGACCAGAUUAUGUAUGUGAUUUGUUAAUAUAUUGAAGAAAGUUUAAGAAAUGGUCCGUAUUGAUGAAGUCUGUUUAAGAACCACAAUGUCACUGGUGAAUUAAUCGUUAUAGAUUUCUGGAUCAAGACAUACUCCUAUGCCUGCCCGUCAUUGUUAACAGUUUGAUGAGCGACUUCAGGCAUCAUGAUGAUCUAUUUACAGAUGUCUUUAUAUGAAUGCAGGUACAUUAAAAAUACCUACAGUAACAUUGCAUUUCAAUAUGUCCCCCCUCUGCUCUCCACACGGACUGUUAACCUGCAUGAUAUACUACUUGGACUACAAAGGGAAACCAGAAUGCUUCCAGUACCAAAUCUUGUAAUGUUGCCUGCAGAUCCUGCAUUUAUGUGCAGAUAUAGGUUUAUAGAGAUGACCAAACUUGUAGGAAGAAUCAUAGAAAAACCUGAAAUGCCAUUAAAAAAGGUUCAGAUCAGCACCAGGAUUUUAUCACUUGUUCACCGGCUCAAGGCCAAACUGUUCCCCUCUCUUUGGAGAAAAUCUGUGAAUUAAUGUUUUUAAAUAUCCCUCCUAACAGCUAACAAACAGGACUCAAAUGGCACAAGUUGUUUGGUGGUGGUAAUCGCAUGAAGGGCUGGCUUGUUUCUGCUUGGCUUAACAGACUUGUUUUUAUAAAGCAGGAUUUUCUGUGGCGGUUAAAUUACUGUUUCUCAUUUUGCUGUUUGUGUGUAGUUGGUUUCUUUAUCUGUCAAGAUCCUAGUUUGCAUUUUGAACUGUUUCAGAUACCAUGUUUCUUUUAAAUUUUGUGUUUUUCUGGUGGAAAGUAUUGUUUUGGAGUGUUGUACAUAAACAAUAAAGAAAUACUUGGGUCAUUU